AUGCGAGGCCGCGGCGAUGCUACUCAUGGGUUCACGAUGCUAUGGCCCAGAAAGACUGGUUCCGAUGUCGAUGUCGAGGUCGAUGUCACGAUCGGUUGCGUGGACGCCGGAUCCUACAAACAAAUUUCGAAGGCGGCCAAAUGUGCGAAAGAAAAGAGGGCCGUAGGGGGGAUCAAUGAAAAUGAUAGGUGA